CAUGCCAGAAUUCCAGUAAUGCAUACACAUUCUACCCGGCUAUAAAUCUAUAAUCCUCAUCAUAGAACCUCAUGAGUAGUCCACCACCGUCUCCGGGCUCGGCCAUGGCUGCGAAAGAGCAAGUACGGCCAUUGGCCAGCCACCGCUACCUCCACGUUGACGUUGAAAACGAUGGGUUUUCCGUGGAGGUGAAGAAGACGCGCCACCGCCAUUAUCACGGGAAAUGCAUCAAGUUCUGCGGCUGCUGCACCGCGGUGCUACUAGUCGUGGCGGUGGCUAUAAUCGUGCUAGCAUCCACCGUUUUCCACGUCAAAGAUCCCACCAUAAAGAUGAACACCAUUAGAAUCGAGGGUCUGAGUUUUCUCAGCACCGGAAACCUAAACCCCGGUGUUAAUCUAACUCUUGUGUCGGACCUGUCGGUGAAAAACCCAAACGCGGCGUCGUUCAAGUUCAACGACGCGGCGGAGACGAGUUUGUUGUACGGCGGGAAAGUGGUCGGGGAGGCUAAGAUUCCGGCGGGGAAUGCCAGGGCUAGACGGACGCUGCAACUGAACGUAACGGUGGAUGUUAUGGUGGAGAAAUUAUUGGAAGUGCCACGGCUAAAAAGUGAUUUGGUCACGGGCGAGUUGCCCGUUGCCAUUUAUACUACAAUCCACGGUAAGGUUAAGGUUUUGAGGAUAGUAAAGAAGAGUGCUACCCUCAAAAUGAACUGUUCCAUGUCGUUUAAUAUAUUAAGACAGGACAUUGAGAAUCUUGAUUGCCUUAAUAGUCUCUAGUAUAUGCUAAAUUGGUGAUGUUACUUUUUUCAUCAUGCUUAUAUUGUACGGAGUAAUAUUUUGUGAAUAUUUAAAAGUAAGAUAUAGAAAAUAUUCAAAUUAAA